AUGAGCACGUUCGAUUCGGCCGAGGGCCAUCGACGAGUCCACAUUAUCGAUGAUCUGCUGGGAGCUGUUUUGGUGCUUGCGGCGUUGGGUAUCGUGUUGCUACUUGAGCUCACGCGAAGGCGAAUUUGUGCCGUAUACCAGUUGGCGUUUGUACUCUGUGCCGUCUGCACGUUCUUCGUCUUCGGUGGUAUCGUGGAUCAUCACUUGACCAACGAGCAGCUCACACUUGCGCUCUACGGCUCGUAUCUGUCCAGUUCGCUCACGACGUCGUAUGUGUAUCUGCCGAUACUGACGGCUCUGGGUGUUUCGUUCGCUGCACUUGUCCAGCUGUCGCUCUGUUCCUGUCAAUGCUGCUGUCUUGUGGGUGCUGCUAGCGUUGCACACCGUGACUGCUUCGCGGCGCGGAUACGAGCAAACAUGUCGUUAUACUCCACAAGCUUUGUCGCGCUCAUUGGAGCAAUCGGUGCAAGGCUCAACGCGAGGCUACGUGAAUCUGCUAUCAACCCGGAGGGUGGGACCGUACAUUGGAACUUGCUGCGCGCUCCAUUUUUCUUGGCCAUGGCGCAUAUUGGAAGCUUGCUGUUCGUCGCUCUCAAGCUCUUUCUGCAGCAUCAUUUGCUUGGUCGCGUUCCUCCAACGACGAUAGAAGACUUGACGCGCGCACCGCCGGCACCUAAAAAGAAGAUCAACCGAACACGGAGGCCGACAUCCUCUUCUGCUGCAUCAGCACUAUCCGAUGCGUUAGCGGCUCGUGAAGGACAACGUCGAGAGUUGCAACUCUCGGUCGCAGCAGCUCCCGAUAGGAUCAACCGUUCGAACAACAACCACGAUGGCGACGUAUCUUCUCUCAUUAGCAGCGACAGCGAGGACGACGAUGAAGUACUGCAACCAGUGUUCAAAUCGGUGGCUGCCGCGGCUGCUAUACGUCGUGCUGCAAGUCCGCAGCGAUCAGCGUAUUCGGGAUACUCCUCGAGCCCGCCCGCGUCACCGACGUCUUCGAUCGAUUCGUCUCUGUCGACAUCGCCAAUUGCCAGAGCUCGCGCUAGGCGAUACCGUAACGGCGGCGCAAACAACGAAUCAAGCCCCUGGAGCGACUACGAAGACACAAUAGACAGACUCUCGACUCGAGAUUACUACAGCGACCGCCCAUCGACAGCAUCGACCUCGUCCACAGCGUCGAUACACGGACUACGCCGUCGAGCUAACGCCGCAAAUAACUCAUCGACAGUGCAAGCGCCAUCAGAGUCACCGUGGAUUCCGUGUGUCGAUCCUGCCAGCGGUAGUACAUAUUACUACAAUCAACAAACUGGCGAAAGUCGCUGGGACCUGGUUUAG